AUGUUCAAAGCCAAACACAAUCGUGGGCGAAUGCUGAGUAGGAAGGCUGUGUGGAUCUUUGGAAUGGUAGAAAGGAGCUCGAACAAAGUCUUGAUGUUUCAAGUCGAGAAACGCGAUGCCGCCACACUCCUUCCUCUUAUCAAAGACCAUGUCUUGAAUGAUACCAUGAGCCUUCUUUAUCAAUCGGAGUAUGUAGAAGACUUGCAAUUGCUUCAAGGUGUUCUUCACUCUCGAGGACAAUACUCAUAUACCGCAACUUCUCGUGAUAUUUUGAAUCCAUCCAUAACUCGAAGAAAACCUUCAAUUCUUGUGGUGUCAAACUAG